AAAUAUUUUUUUGAGACAAUUAUUUCACCGUGGUGAGGUUUUGGUGUCCAGCCGUUAAUUAGUGUGGAUCUUCUUCCUCGCUCGAAGGCUUUAACUGGUGGUGGCCAUCUCACUGCAUUUUGACAUCAUGACUGGCCGAUCGCUCGAGAAGAAGCUGCAGUACCUCAAGGAGGAAGCAGCAGACCUCGCAGAGUACUUGUCGGACGAAGAAAACGACCACAAGAACGACGACGCUGCCAAUGCUGCUGCGAUUGAGGCUGCUGUCAACGACUACUCGAAUUGUGUCGUUGUCGAGAAGGCGCCCCAAGUGACAUCUGCCAAGUACGACAAGUUGCUGGCCGUGUUCAACAAGCUCGUGUCCCAAAUCGGGCCCGUUGUUGCCAUGGACAUGCCGUACCUUCCUGGUGCGGCGGAUCCCUUGACGGGAGGGUACCUGUUCAUCGAGUUCGAAACCGAAGCCGAUGCGAAGAAAGCCGUCACGACGUUGCACAACUUUGCCCUCGACAAGAAGCACACGCUGCAAGCUUACUUGUACCAAGAUAUUCAGAAGCACGCCAAUGUGUCGGACACGUACGUCCCGCCGACCCGUCCAGAAUUUGUGCCGCGCCCGAACUUGAACACGUGGCUGGCGGACCCGACAUCGCGCGACAUGUUUGUCUUGCGCCACGGCUCAGAAACCGAGCUGUACUGGAGCGAUCAAGGCCGCCCGGAACUCUUGUACGAUGGCGCGCGCGAAAAGGUCAAUGGCAAGCAAUGGUGCUCGCAGUACGUGGCGUGGAGUCCCCUCGGAACGUACCUUGCCACCUUUCAUCCCCAAGGUCUGGCGCUCUGGGGUGGGGACUCGUGGGAAAAGACUGCCCGUUUUGCUCACCGUCAAGUCAACGUGGCGCUCUUUUCGCCGCAAGAGAACUACCUCAUCACGUCAAACGGCCUCGAGGGUGACAACGGGAUCAUGGUGUGGGAUGUCGCGACCGGCAAGCUGCUCCGUGGGUUCCCCUUGGGUGCCAAGGGCCCGAACGCGCCGCUGGACACUCCAUUCAAGUGGAGUCCAGAUGACAAGUACGUUGCUCGCCGCGGGAAGGAUGCUAUUUCGAUCUACGAGUUGCCGUCGAUGAAGCUCCUCGACAAGAAGUCGCUCAAGGCCGACGGUGUUGAGGACUUUUUCUGGAGCCCCGCUGGCAAGAGCACGCUCGCGUACUGGGCGCCAGAAGCGUCCAACUCGCCGGCCCGCGUCUCGCUCGUCGAGAUCCCAUCGCGCCGCGAAAUCCGCCAAAAGAACUUGUUCAACGUGGCCGACUGCCAUAUCCAGUGGCACCCGAGCGGCCAGUUUCUCAGUGUCAAGGUCACGCGCCACUCCAAGUCGAAGAAGACGGUAUUUACCAACUUUGAAAUCUUCCGCACCCACGAAGCGCUCGUUCCAGUCGAGAUGCUUGAAAUGAAGGACGCGGUCCGAGCGUUUGCGUGGGAACCAAAAGGCUCUCGUUUUGCCAUCAUCCACGGCGAGAACGCGACUCGCCUGAAUGUGUCCUUCUACGACUGCAACGGCGGCCCCCGCAACAACGAAGUCACGUUAUUGUACACAGAGACGGAGAAGGCAGUGAACGCGCUCUUUUGGUCGCCGUACGGGAACAACAUCGUGCUGGCGGGCAUGGGCGAACUCAACGGCACUCUCGAGUUCUGGGACGUCGACGAGCGCCAGAGCAUCUCGAUCCAAGAGCACUUUAAGUUUAGCCACUUGGAAUGGGACCCGUCCGGUCGCGUCGUCACCACGUCCGUGUGCCAGCCCAUCCACGUACGCCCCGUCCUUGCACGGCUCGUCCUGACGACGCUCUCGUAGAACUACAAUGCCAAGUACACGAUGGACAAUGGGUACAACCUGUGGACGUUCCAGGGCAAGCUCCUGGAAGAGAAGAAGAAGGACCAGUUUUACCAGUUCUUGUGGCGGCCACGACCCAAGAGCCUCCUCUCAGAUGCCGAGUACAAGGACGUGCUCAAGAACCUGAAAAAGUACGUCAAAAAGUUCACCGACCUCGACAAGAAGCGCGAGAAGGAACGGUUGGCCGCGGAAGAGGCCCAGAAGAAGGCGCUCGCCGAAGCGUUCCGGGCGCGGAUUGCCGAACUCAACGAGCUUGCCAAGAGCCGCCGUGCGCAGCACAUUGCGAUUGUCGGGGGCUACGACAGUGACGACGAAGACAACUUUGUGGUCAAGACAACCGUCGACGACGUUAUCACGAGCCAGGUCGAAGAGACUAUUCCAAAGUUGUAGAUGCAAAUAUCCACAAGUCAUUAUCACGUGCGUCUCUUCCAUCCUGAUGCGGGAACAGUCCUAGCCAGUAUGCAACGAACUACCUUCCAAUGACACGUCCAUUCACGAACGUCGAGGAAUGGCGGCGUCAACUCAAUCGAGGAUCAGCCGUCGACAAAUCAGCUCACAAUGGAACAACGCACCGGCUGGGACUGUCGACGCUAUCUACUCGCUCUGCUGCAACAAAACCAACACAACGAAGUACCUCAUGCACACACAAUAUUUA